AUGGCUCCAUUAACCCCAGAGCUCGUCGAACGCAUCACUAACUCUGUCUCGGCCAAUUUUGAUGCUCAGAUUCAAUAUACCCAAAAGCUGAUCCAAUUCGGAGGCCAGAGAGGAGACGAGUUUGCCGUUCAAGACUGGGUUUUUGAGCAAUAUGCCUCGCGGGGGUAUUCUCCGGUCAAGAUCGAAAUGGAUCCCGAAGCUCUGGCCGGACACGAAGGUGCUGGCAAGUUCAGCGCCUCACAUUCGCACGCACCAGUGGUUGUCGGAGUGCAUAAACCAAAGAAGCAGGCCCCGGAAGGCAAAAGCCUGAUCCUCAAUGGCCAUAUUGACGUCGUGCCACUAGACCCGUUGGAUCUGUGGACUGAUGAGCCCUACAGCGGUCGCAUUGACGGUGACAAACUCUAUGGUCGUGGGUCGGCGGAUAUGAGAGCGGGAGCGGCGGCCAAUGUAUGGGCCUUGGAUUCUUUGCGUUCAAUUGGACUACAGCCUGCCUCCGAGGUCAUCUUGGAGGCUGUUGUCGAGGAAGAAUCCACCGGCAACGGGACCAUGAUGACUCACCUGAAAGGGUACAAGGCUGACGCUGCGCUGGUUCCAGAGCCAACCAACGAGCAACUGACCAGAGCCAACGUCGGCGUGCUCUGGUUCCAAGUCGAGGUUCGAGGGAUUCCCGUCCAUGUAAGAGAGAUGGGCAACGGAACAAAUGCCAUUGAUGCGUGCUGGAGAGUCAUUGGAGCCUUGCGGGAACUCGAAGAGGACUGGAACGCAAGAAAGGUCGGGAUCGAACUUCAUGUUGGCGAAUUGAAACACCCUCUCAAUCUCAACAUUGCCAUUAUGAACGCCGGGGACUGGGCCUCUUCGGUCCCUGCAUGGUGCCGAGUCGACUGUCGCAUUGCCAUUUAUCCCGGAACCAAUGCCAAAGAUGCGGCGGCGGAGAUUGAGAAGCAGGUGGCCGACUUCGCCAACACCGACGCUUUCUUGAGGAAGAACACGCCGACGGUGACCUGGAACGGCUUCUUCGCCGAGGGCUACGUGCUUCAGCCAGGUAGCGAGGCGGAGAAGGUGCUUCAUAAAGCCCACCAGCUAGCUACCGGCGAGGAGUUGGCCACCGGUUUCUCAGGUGCAUAUCUCGACUCGAGAAUCCAUGUCUUGUACGAUAACAUUCCGUCAUUGUGUUAUGGACCCAUUGGUGAAAGUGUGCACGGGUUCGACGAGUGGGUCAGUAUCAAGAGCUUGAAACGCGUUACUGUGGCCAUGGCGUUGUUUAUUGCAGAGUGGUGUGGCGUCGAGGAGAUCUAG